AGGUAGAAAACGUGGAAGAGGUGGAACGUAGCCAGUCAGUUGGGGAUAAACUAUCGCCCCGUCAGCAUGCGCUAGCCGCUCUCUUCCAAAAACCAUUUUCAUUUCUUUCAGUUGAAACACAUUUUUGCAUCCUUUUCGAAAACGACAAACAAAAAGGAACAACGGAAGCCCAAAGUUUCAUAGUUCAGUGCCAACGGAAACAAAAAAGCUAUUGACACAAUAACUUGACACCUGUUGCAGCGUGCGUGAAAGUGAAUUCAGUUUGUUGUUGAAAAUUUUGCCAUCAUCCAAUAAGGAACGGAUGGAAGUGGUGACGGAUAGAUAACAUGCGCCAAGAGAUUGCAUAAUCCGUUUUCGUUCGAUCAUAACCUUCUGCCCCUAUUUGGAUAAUUCAAUCGCACAAAUCGGUCCCCUUGUUUUCUCUCUCCCCAUUUAAUUUCGUUCGCAUAACGAAAGUGUACAUUCCCCGCCGGUGACAUUUUCAACCGGCUACCUCAUGCGGCCUGCCACCGAUCAACAGUUUAUCCAUCGUGACUGGAUCGUGCUGCGAUUGCUGCUGGACUGAGCCUUCAGGCGGUCUGACGUCAUACCGGUACUUGCCGUCAUCGUAAAAAACAUCAUCAUCAACACACACACACACACACACACAGACACACGUAGACACGCCAACAAAAAAAUAGCCAAGAUGAAGAAAAUCAAUAAUUCAACUUCGGUCGCUGAUGGCGCUAAAGUGGCCGCAACUGCUCCGCAACACACCUACCGCUGGAUCAGCGUCCUGCUCGUUUUCGGCCACGUCCUCGAGACGGCCGUGCAGAUUUUUUUGAUCCACCACUAUUGGCAAUUGACGACGAGAUGGGCAGCCGGCCUGGCCGCCCUCCUCACGGCCACUGUGGCUAUUAUAAACGCGGCCAGCAUCAUCGGCGUACGUCGAGGCCUCGAUUUCGCCGACCGGUGGUUCGGCCAGUGCCUCUGUUACGUCAUGCACUUCUCACUGCUCGGCAUGGUGUGGAGAUUCCUCAAGCUCACCUUCCUCUACGACCGAACCGAUUUACGAGAGUUCGCACUCCUCAGAUUCGUUCAGGUUCACUUACAGACGUUGCCCUCGCUAUUGUUGCAAACGUGUCUCAUUUACCAGCACGGAUUACUCAAUGCGGAUGUGACGGCCGUGCCCAUCGGACUAGCCAUCGCUCAGCUGGUCGUCGCUGGAACGACGAUCGCCCUGACGACGCUGGUCUUGUCCAUGCCGACGAGCGGAAUAAUCGCCGCCGCUCCAUCACCUCCUCCGCUGGCCACGUCCAGCGUCAAAUGCUCCGACGAGGAGAAGAUGAUCGCAGCCUUCCCAUCUCGGCUUCGCCAGAAGGAAGAGCGCGGAUGCAGCGGCCAUCAGUGCACAAUCACAGCCGUCCGCAGUAUUUGUUUGCUCUGGUGUCGGACCGUGGCUGUCGGCGUUUUCAUGACGGAAUUCCACGUCUGGACGCUGAUUGUUUUCGGUGUCCAUUGGUGCAUCACGUUGCUCUGGUUGGUCUUGCAAGAUUCCGCAUCGGAAUUGACGCAUUCCGGAUACGCUACGGCUCCACCUUCCCCGGCUGUUUCCCUCUUCCGGCGGGCUUUAGUUGCCUAUCUUUUGGUCUUUGACUGGCCACCGCGCUACCAGCCCAAACAUUCCGGCUGGAGUGCCAGUCACAAGGCUGUCAAUCCAGCAGCCAUCGUUCCGGCUGUCGGAUCGUGGCUGGAUGUGGUUGGAUUGGGAGGUGAACCACGUUCCGUGGCUGUCGCCCUCUACUACGGCAUUAGCGGCGUUGAGAAUGCAGCCAUGCUGACCCUCUGGUUCCACUUUGCUCCGCCUUCCAUCCUAGUGCUGCCCGUCGCCCGUCUGACGACAUUAGCCACUUGCACGGCCGCGUUAACUCUGGGCGUGUUGUGCGUUGUCGCCUCGACGCAAGGGCCCGAUGAGGAAGCGUCCGCUUCUUCGUCGAGCUCGUCAGCGACGCUGACAUCCAACCGGACCAAUUUCACGGCUUCCGAUUCGACGUCGCUGUCCGCUUCUUCGUCCAACACAUCGUCCUUGAAGCCUAUCAGCGCCGGACCUUUUAUUCCGCCCUGUUCUGUCGUCCAGCAACGCGAAGUCCGCACUGUCGUAGCUCAAGUUCAUCCGCCGAGACCAGCGACGGCGCGCUUGACUCAAGCGGCGCUCAACAUGGCGGCCAAUCAUAGUCACCCGCCGAUGGAGCCACCUCCACCUCCGCCACCAGAAACCACUUGGGAGAGGGCCAUCAGCGUCUGCGAUGACGAGUCAUCCAACAGCCGAAACACCAACACGAUGGACGGGGCGUUGACGAUGGGUCCCGGAAGCGGUUCGGGAUCGUGUCCGAGUCCUCCGCUUUACAACGUUGCCAUCAGUGGCAAUGGCGGUGCAUUGGUCGCUUCUUCUUCCAGCCCGGCUGUCGCUCAGCCGAUUGCCGGCCAGCACAGAAGCCACCAAGCGAGUCCUUUCAGAGAUCCGAGCACAUUCACGGCCAGUCAGAGUUCUUACCGGAUGGCCAAGACUAUAGGCACGGCCGGCCUAACAAAGACUUCAGCUAUUCUAACUCAACAGCUGGAAGGCAUGGUCAAAAGGCCCUACUUGUCCGGCUGUCCGCUGUCGUCCACUCCGCGAUUGAUCCGCCGGAACUCUUCGUUCGGAUCAUCUUUGAUGAUCAAAUCGGCUCGAUCGUCCGCAUUGCGAGGAGGAGUUUGCAAAACGGCCGUUCGAUCGGCCCACACGACCGGACGUCAUCGCCGUCGCCACCGGACGCAUCAGAACCAUCACGGAUGCAAACCGCGUGGCUCUAAAGGAGCUUGCCAUUGCCGCAUCUUUGACGAUUACGGAAUGGGCAUCCUCAUUAAAGAGAAGGCCAUUUCUAAGAGUGGCACGUUGACGAGCGGUGGCCGGAAUUCUUCCGGUCGCUUGAGUCACGGCUUGUUCACCACUGCCGACACGGAUGCCGGCAAGCCUCAACUGCAGAUCAGGUGCGCCAAAUGUCUGGGAGCUCACGAUCCGCUGUUGACCAACUGCGUGCGCAGUAAACGCCAAUCGAUGGCAGCGGCCAAAGCUACGGGCAGCGGAGUCAAAUCCAAAACGCUGCCGUCGCGCCAUCACAAGAUUGCUGGCGCUCGCCAACAUUGCCGCCUUCCGCUCGACACGUCCAUGUGCAGCACCAAUUACCCGUCGGAUACGGAAGUCACUUGCACCGCAGGAAGACGUUCGCUUUCAUCGUCGUGUUCCAGUGGCUCCAUCGACGGCUCAUCCAGCAGCAGCAGCAGCAGCAGCCUCGACUCGGAUGCCACCUACACGACGUGGCCACCUUCCAUCCGCAUUCCGAGCAUGGAGCGUCUCCUAUCGGAGAACUCUGAUCCAUCGCCGUGGAAUUACGUUCAAGCUUGGCUGGUCAAUGCUAACCAACCGCAGGCACGCCCACUUCCGGCCGGUGCCGCUAGUGGCACCGGGACGGUAAGAGGCGCUGCUGCCGGCACGGCCAAGCGGAUCGUCAAGCGACUCGCCGGCUCUCCAGUUUGUGCCGCAUCGGCUGCUCAAUCGACUGCUGGCCAAGUCCAGUAUUUGAUGCGUCCACAUCGACAUCAUCACCAAAUGGCUGGCGGAGGGGCUCAGGAUGUCUACAGCGCAUAUUGUACAGUUCCUCCGCGACUUGGCCAGACAGUCAAGGAAUUGAGCGUCGUCCAGCGGAAUCAGAAAUCAUCGGCCAGCGGUGCAGCCGUCACCGAACACGAGUACAGUACGCCUUCGAUAGUGCAGUACAGCACUCCGAUGAGUAACGGGAGUACGACGAGUAGUACCGGAUUGGAGAUUGUCGUUUAAAAAAUGCGGCCCAAAGAGCUGAUCCUUUUCUUUUUUUAUGUUUUCAUGUUCUCGUAAUUGUUGUGCACGCGAAUUUCCAAUAGCCGAUUGUGUGUGUGUUUUUUUUUUAAUUGAACAAAAAAAAAAACAAACAAACCCGUCAUGAUAGACUGUGUACAUUUCGACGUGAUUUCUCUGUCAUUUGUUGCAUAUAUUAUAAAUAAGAUGAUUAUCAUAAUAAUACAGUAUGUCUGUUUUGUCCUGUCA